AUGUUUGCAGUUCUUAGUCUAACUAAUGAAAAAGGGGAUAAAAAGAGAAGCUACCUGAAGCAGCUUGAGAGUUUCGCCAAGUCAGCGAUAACUGCUCCCACUCCACCGUUCUCGCACUGUGACGAAUCCCAACAUACUGGACAAACAUGUGAUCAGAGCGCCGGGGCUGAACAAAGUCUUGUUGACCACGAUACGACUAAAAAAGGCUGUUUUGCUGAAUCACCUUCAUACCAGCGCCACCAAUCUCAGAAUGAAGCUGAAAAUGAGGUGGACUUCUCUAACUAUAUUACGGGACUGACACCGCUUGACUCUACAGCAAAUUUACCGCUCAGCGAAUUGCAGAAUGAUGCUGUUCAUUGGAAUGAUAAUUUUGACGUCUUGCCGGCUUUUCCUGCUCUCGGAUACGAACCUUACACUGCUUCAGUGCAACCGCAAAACACACUUCCAGAUAUGAGCGCAUUCGAGGCUAGAUUUUCGAGCGACCUCGAAAUUAAUGAGAUCGACCAAGCCUCCUCCAACCCAAGCAAGUCAACCACUUUGCUGAGGUCUGAAGACUACAUUAGGCAAAAUUUCAGCCUUGAAGAUAUCCUGGCUGCCGGAAUCCGCGCACUUUCCGAGGAAAUUAGGCAACCCAAUAUAGAGGCACCAUCAAAUACUACAUAUCGAAUGAACCGGGAAGAGGGUUCUGAGCAAACCCACCGUCUCUUCCCAGAAACCCGGUCGGAGCAACAUCUUCCAGAUCUACAUAUGAACACAAUUCAACUUACUACAAUGUCAUUUGUCACGGCAUGUUUCGUCAACGCGGGAAUGCUCGGACUGUCGUCUGAAGCAUUGUGCGACUUCGCAACACAGUCACCCUUUUACCAAACGACCAACACUGGAAAAUUUUCCCAUAUAAAACCACUGCUUCAACCAUAUACCACUCAGCUGAAUAUUCCUCACCAUCCAUACCUCGACGUUUUACCUUUUCCUGCAUUUCGGAAUCGAGUCAUCCGGCUUCUUCAAAUGCAACCUCCACCAUUUGAUCCCGCUCAACUCUGCAAUGAUCUAAAAAAUGAUGGAAUGAUUUGCUGGGGCUCAACUAAGAGGGAUAAGAGAGACUCAGUAGGCUCGGGAGUUCCUUGGGACAUCCGAAGUUGGGAGAGACGAGAUUGGUUUUUGAAGAAGUGGUGGAUAUUGUUCGAUGGACCCGAUGGCGAAAUGUACCAGCAUAGUCGAUGGUGGUGCGAGUUGAGAGGUGAAAGCUCCUCAUACCCGUGGUGA